CGGGACACCAACUUUUUCAACGAGGAAAACUGGGCAGGUGGAAAAUUACCGUGUCCUGCCAAUAAAAUUGUUUUCCCGGCAUCCGCGCCCGCGGUCUACUUCGACCAGGACAUGACGUUAAGAGAAAUGGUGUUUCCAUCUGAUGGUUUGUUUGUGUUUGAGCGUGACCUGAGCAUCUCGUUCCUCAGUUACCCCACCAACGAUGACAGCUGUCCGGAGGGAGAUGUUCAUUUCGCACAAGUUCAGCCAAAACAUUGGUAUGAUCCAGAUAAUUGGUGUAUUCCUUUGCACGACUUUGAUGCCCAGUGCUUGGAUGUUGAUCUUUUGAGCGAAAAAGUACCUUGCCGUAACGAUGACGUCAUCUUCCCCAGUGACAAAACCUUCUACGUCAGCUUAGAUACUGACGUAGAGAUAAGCAUUCGGAGCCUCAGGAUCGGAUAUACGGUUUAUGACACUGAGCAAUUUAAACAGUUCCUAACCAGUGACUUAGGGAAGAAACAGUUUGUGCUUGCAUCGUCUGCCAACGACGUGACAAUUCACCGGGGGUACUGCAACAACGCCACCGGAUGUCCAUGUGGAAAUGACAGAGGGGCGAUUCUUAACAAAGUUUGCUCCUUCCAAAGAUCACGAUGUGGAUCCACCCCAUGCACUUCACCCUUCACUCCUGUAGGCCACUGUUGCUCACUCUGUGGCGCCUUGCUACUGAUGACCUAUAAUGUGAAUUUCGAACUGGUUAAAAUUCGUCGAACAGCGUUGGACAAAGUGGCUUCUGAGGCCGAGUUCAGUGGUGUGAAAGUGAUAGUUUCAAAACGAUACGACGACAAGAUCCAGAUGGUAGUGACAGACAGCAAUGGGGGAAUAAACGCAAUCAAGCUGGCCUCGUGGUUCAAGGAUCUGAUGGGUCGGACACAACCUAGAGGGUCAGGGGGGUCAGGGGAGAUUCAGGAAAGGGCCCAGGGGAGAUUCAACGAAAAUCGAAGAAAUCAACGGCCCUUUCAAGCUCGCCUGGAUACUGCUUGA